CGCCGCACAUGCACAAGUAGAGCUCUUCCGCCCCACGCACGCACGCCCCACGUCCCACGCCCCGCGUCCCUCACCCCACGUACGCCCCACGCCCACGCAUCCCCCCACCAUCCCCGCGCCUCGAAUAUCUCUGCCUCUGUCCCCUCUGCGCGCGCCGAAAAACCACCACGCGACACCCCACGAACCGUACCGGCGCUACUCUAGAGAGAGAUAGCCUGCAGCUACGGGAGUCAGCUAGAUAACAGCGACAAUGCCGCCGCCGCAGCAGGCCAGCGAAGAGUUCGAGGAUGCGAUGUCGGGGAACGAAAAGCACAGCGCGCGAAAUCCGGCGUGCGAUCUGUGUCGCGAGAAGAAGGUACGAUGCGGACGCGAGAAACCGCGCUGCCAGAACUGUAUCGUCUGGAAGGCGGGCUGCACCUACUCCGAGCGGCAGAAGCGGGAUAACGAAGCGUCGCGGAACGCCCAACGUUUCGAGGAAGUCAAUGAGCGCCUCGAGCGCAUCGAGAAUACCAUGGCCCGACUGGUGACGGCGCUGGAGGCCGCGAACCUGCGCAGCCCUCCCGCGUCCACGUCCACGAGCCCGAGCUCUACCUCUGCCGUCGCCGCCCGGGCGCGCGCCAGAACGCGGUCGGUCGAGAUGCCGUCGGCCCGGUCCAAGAACCAGCUGGUGGCGAAUAAGCAGGGAGACAUACAAUACCUGGGGCCGUCGUCGCUACUGUCGUUCACGAGCGAGGCCGAGACGCUGGUGGAAGAGAGGCUGAGGGCUAGCGGCGGCGAGUCGAACGGUACCGGGUCCAGGUCGGAACAGAGCGAGACUAUAGGCGCCCUGAGGAGACUCAGUGUCAUCUCGUCGAAAUCGGUCAACUUCUUUCCGCAUUACGGUCACAUGGAGCUGCGCACGGGCGCUGAGGGCGCGGUUAUGGGCAUGCCGCCGAGGGAGGAGACGGAUAUGCUGGUGGAUGAGUAUUUCCGGAAGGUUCACCACUGGUUUCCGAUAUUCAACGAGGCCUCGUUCCGAAAAGACGUGGAAGAUUUCUACAAGAAUCCCGAUGACCUGGGCAAGAACCGCGCAUGGCAGACAUGCUUCAACAACGUCCUGUUGUUCGGCCUGUUCAACCAACUCGCCAAGAUGCCACCCGAAGAGAAGCAGAAAAAUGAUCCCGAUGGCAAGCGAGUCAGCACGUUCUUCUACAAUGCGUGGUCGGCGAUCGAUGACCUGGAAGUUUUCCUUGGACCUCGGCUGCGAAACGUUCAGGCUCUUUUGGGUGCUACGGUGUGUGCUAUCGAAGUCUCAAGACCAGGUCUCUCCUGGUCACUGCUCUCGCAAGCGGCACGUACCGCUCAAGCGAUCGGUCUUCAUCGCAAUAGCUGUGGAUCGCAAAUCUUGACAAAGGCGCAGCUUCAGGAGAGGAAAUACGUGUUUUGGAAUAUCUAUAUCCUGGAUAAAUGCUUAUCCCUCUCCUUUGGACGUUCGACGUGUCUUCCCGAUUAUGACUGCGAUGUUGACUUCCCCGAACCUGACGACCAGCAGCCAAUCUUCAGGAACUUCCUCGCUCUAAUCACGCUUGCAAAGAUCCACUCACGGAUAUACGUGCGCCUGUACUCGGCUUCAGCCGCACGGCACUCGGAGCAAGAACGAGAAACUGCCAUCAAAGAGCUGGAUGCGGAUCUCAAGGAGUGGUGGGAGGAAUGGUCAAAGACAUUUACACCCCACUCUCGCCAGGUUAUCGACACGUUCGAGCACAUCGAACUGCAAUUCAGCUACUACAACUCGAUGACGCUCGUACAUCGUAUGGCUCGGCCGGGUAUGCCCUCGUAUGGUUGGAGCGACGAGCAAUGCCUUGAAAGCGCACGUUGCGCCAUUCAGAUGAUCAAUAAUAUCGUGGCCGAGAGCUCGGAAAUGGCGCAGAGCGGUAUGCUGUUAUGGCUGUUUCAAUACUAUCCCUUCACGUCCUUCUUCGUCCUCUUCUCCGCCAUCAUCCGCAACCCCUCGGCACCCACGAGUAGUAGCGUCGACUACCCACUCAUGAAAGCCCUGGUCGCGUACCUCGGCCAGAUGAAGUCCCGAAACGAGGGAGCCGCAAAGUUACUCACCAUAGCAUCGGCGUUCACUCAUGUCGCUGGAACGUUCAUCAAGAACUACUACAAAAUGACCAAGGGCAGCAACCGCCCAGCGCCGCAGCAGAAGCGUCGGAGGGAGGAGGCACCACUACCACCGGCCCCGGCCAACGAGGGGUGGUCAAAUGCCAGCGAUCUCCGCGAUGCCUCCAGUAGAUAUCCGGAUUUCACGGGUGCAGGCUUCUACUCGCCCCUCUCGACACCCCUCCCCACAUCCACAUCCACGUCCCAGCCGCAGCAGCAGCAACCACACCCUCCCGACAUCAUCCCCGGCUCCAUCAGCUCGCACUCCUCGACCACCACUCCGCUCUCAACAGACAUCGACUUCGAAGUUCCCGCAGCGGACGUGCAAGCGGCGAACUUCCUUCGGUGGCCGGGGCACAAUCACGCUAGUCAGGUCCCCAUCUCCGACGACGUAGGUGACAGCGGCGGCAGCGGCAGCGGUAGCGGUAGCGGCGGAGUCAUGGAUCACGAUGCGGCGGGCGCAACAUCGACCGCGCCUGCGCCCAUGGAUUACGAUAUCGACCUCGAAGCGCUCAUGGCUGAGCCGGUAGGCUUCCAGAUUCAGAUGGAACAGGCGAGCUUGAGGGGCCCGCUCGAGUUUGAUUGGUUCCGUGCCCUCGAUAGUUGGGAUGGGCAUUGGCCGUCGUCGUAGACGGUGUGCACGGGCGCGGGCUAGAAUUUGGUUUGGUUAUGUGUAUGUGUGUGUGUGGAGUGUAUAAUACUGUUGUGUUGUAUGAUGUAUCCGGCUCGAUUCUUCUCUCUGCUUCGACUAUUUUCUCUUUUUUUUUUCUCGAUCGAAUGUGGUGCGGCUUUGGCUCCAUCGGGGAAUGAAUAUGAUGUGGAUGCGAUUGAAGGUGCUUGUCGUAAGACUGCACUUAAUUAGUUGUACUCGGUGAUGAAGAGAUCUCUUUCGCACCGAUGCACCGAUGCUCCAUUCGAUGAUUCGUAUGGGAAUCACUCGUGCGGAUACAUCAGAUCAAAUUCAGUGAAGUCAGAAAGUGGAAUACGUAUGAGAUCA